GAUCGUACGGUGCGGAUCGCGCCCGGGAAAGUGAACUUCAAUUUCCAACGGCAGUGCCGUGAUUUCAAAACGUGAUUUCGUGAGGUUUUCCAGAGUAGAGCGUACGUGCGUUGUCCGUGGACUCAAGUGGUGAAAACAGCCGAAACGAUGGCCCAGCGUUUCCAUCUUACCUGGGCUUUGCUGAUAGUGGCAAUGGCCACUGGUUCGGUGACCUGUUUCGACUCGGUGAACGAAGAUGAAAUCAUCCGCCUGGCCAGCAUUCUGGGUGACAUGAGCGAUUGGCACCCGCCGCACAUACCCGGCGAGGCGCGGCCUCUGCGAGAUCCCUACCAGUGGCCAGCCUUCGCGAACACCGAUCCUGACCGUGUCGAUCAUCGCUUUUACAGGGCACCGGAAGCGGACGUGUACGACGAUGCCGAAAGUGCGACACUGGGUGUCGCCGGUCUUGGCCGCGUGCAGGAUCGCGAAUCGUUGGAAUCGGACGUCGAGACGAUCAGCGAUGAGCUGACCCGGAACCCGGACGAGCGGCAACCGGUACACCGAGCCGGAUUGACGCCGCCGUAUCGCCCUCCAUCCGGCCACCCCGACUCCGAGACGCUGGAUGCUCCGCAGCACCGGCCACCGUUCGAUACGAGCUCGCUGUUCCAGCAUCACUUCAACACGUUCUUCAACACGCCGCUCGAGACGGGAUUCUUCGGCUCCGCGUUGCCCGGGUUCGGAUUUUUCGAUCUCCACGCCAACCGCCCAUGGUGGAAGGGCGACAACGUCUGCACGGAGCGUGAAGAAAAGGAGGAAGACAUCAAUUCGGAUGACAAUCAGGAGGUCUCCGUGAACGACGGCGCCGGUGCCGCUGGUAGCAGUUUCCACGGGUUCAGCUCAUUCAACUUGAACGUCGAAUCGUGCGCCGAAAAGCAGCACAAAUAUGUCUGCACCUCAAUUAAGAACGUGAACGGUCGCAAACGUACGGAGAAGAUUACGCGCCAGUGUUGCCACGGAUUCGGGCGUCCCCGCAGUGGGCCACCGAACGCGCAGUGCCAGAAGCUGGACCUGCAGUCGAUGGAGGAAACGGCCGAGCGACUUGGAGCGAAGGAGUUUAUCGCAACCCUCAAGAAGAGUGGACUCGAACGAACACUCGACAACGAGGUGACCCUGUUCCUCGUCCUCGACGGUCCCUACAGCACGUUCGCCGAGCAAAUGUGGGAAAACAACUUGGUGGCGUUCGAUCCAACGGCGAGGGCGAAACGAGCGAUCGAUUUUGCGAGCAUGACCGCCCGCGAUGUGAUCCUGGGUCACACCGUCAACGGAUCGUACCACAUCGAGGACAUCAGCAACGAGCAACUGCUCCGGACGGAGCUGCCCGGGGCGAACAUUCGCAUCAACAUCUACCCGCGCGGUCCGUCGAUGAUGGCCGCCCGGGAGCAGCAGCACGCCGAGCACCCGUACCGCUACACGGCCAACUGUGCGCCGCUGAUCAAGCUGAACCGCGUCACCGAGCACGGUAUCGCGCACGUGGUGGACCGGGUCCUGGUGCCGGCCCGCCGCACCCUGAUGGACAUCAUCGAGGGGCGCGACGAUAUGACGCUGAUGCGGACGUUCCUCGAAAUGACCGGGCUGGACAAGAUGCUGCGCGAGCAGGGCGACGACAAGCACUUCACGGUGUUUGCCCCGAACGACGAUGCGUUCCUGAAGCUGGACAAAGACAUCCGGCGCAAACUGAAGGCGGGCAACGGCUGUGCCACGAACAUUCUGAAGAACCACAUCCUGGACAUUACGUUCUGCUCGCUGGCAGCGGUCAACGGUGUCAAGACGUCGACGUACAAUAUGCUGAACGAAAAGCUGGAGUUCGAGUACGCCAUGGUGGGCAAAAUGGCGCCGGCUGUGGCGACCACCGUUAAUCCGCUCGGUGCGAACGAACCGAUCGGUGACGGUGACAAGAAGAGCCAGCGGCUUCGCAUUAACGGCAUGGCGUCGAUCGAGGAGAGCGACGUGGUGGCCAGUAACGGAGUGCUGCACAUAAUCGACACCGUGCUGCCCACCGACAGCGGAAUGCCCAUCUCGAACACGCUCACGAGCCACAACCUGACGAUCUUCAAGCAGCUGGUGGCCGAUGCCGGGCUUGAGGACGAGUUCGACGGAAUGACCAACAAAACGUUCUUCAUUCCGACGGACCAAGCGUUCGAGCAGACGGAAACCGGUCGCUACUGGAUCCGCCAGCUAAAGGAGCACCCGGAGAGCUUGCGCGACAACGCUGCGCUAAAGGAGUUCCUCGAGUACCACGUGGUGGAACCGUUGAUCAAAACGUGCGAGCUGGAGGAGACCACAUUCCCGACCAAGGCGGGCCAGCAUGUGCGCGUCAAUCUCUACACAACGAAUCCGGUGUUCACAACCGUCAUGAACCGUGCCACGGUCAACUGCGCCCGCUUGACGCACUUCGACGAAGAGACGUGCGGCUCCGUGGUGCACGAAAUCGACAAGGUGUUGGAUGUACCCAAGCAGAAUCUGAUGGAAACGCUCAGCUCGAACGCGGAUUACAGCAUGUUUUUGCGGCUGGUUAGCGAGACGAACCUGACUGAGCUGCUGGCGUCGGAAGCCGAUUCCGGCUUCACGCUGCUCGUGCCGAAGAACGACGUGUUCCUGGAGGUGAACGCGUGGUAUCAGGAGACGCUCAAGAACAAGGACGAGCUGGAGCGCGUCAUUCGGGCACACAUCCUCCCGAACGUCAUCUGCUGCACCGGCAUCGUCCCAUCCGAGUGGCCGUUCGUGCGAACGACGGAAACGAUCGGUCACCAGCAGCUGAAGCUGAACCGCAACCGCCGGCCCCAGGUGCAGAAUGCCGGCAUCACCAAGUGCGACGUCGUAGCCCGCAACGGUAUCAUACACGAGAUUAACGAUGUAAUCAGUGUGCAGCCCCCGCGAGGCGCUGCCGGUGCCGCCGGCGGAAAUGCCGGAGGUCCGUUCCCGAGCUUUGGCAACAUCGGACGUCCGCUGACGUUCUGGUUCAAGUGAGCAGGCUGUGGAAGCAACACAUCGAGAAAAGUCCCUCGGAACUAAGAUGGUACGUGGAAUGUCCGAAUCCGAUGGAGCUCGUUAAUUAUUUCAACGAGCGCUUGAUCGUGCGAGGUGUCGCAAAGUUCCCCCAAAACGUCUCGAAAGGAGGGCAAUCAAAUUGUCCUACGCUGAUACUAUAUAUUUAUACACCCUACUGAAUAAAACACCACUACUUUAGC